AUGAGUCCCAGUCUAGCACAGCCCAGCCCAGACCGGGAUCAGGACAGGGAGGGUCUCGGUGGUGGAGGCAUGAGUCCCCUCCAGCCCAGACCAGGAUCAGGGCAGGGCAGGAGGGGUCUGUGUGGUGGAGGCAUGAGUCUCAGCCUAGACCAGACCGGGGUAGGACAAGGGGAGUUGUGGGUGGGGGUGGGUGGGGGUGGGUGGGGGUUGGGGGGGGUUUGGGGACCAGACAAAGAGCCCCUGUUGCCGUGUGGGAUGGAGGGGAGAAAACAUGAGAAGAAGAGGACGGGUGUGAAGAAGAAGAAGAGGGUCCGGACAAAACAGACGUAA